AUGAACUCUCUGAACCAGCAGUAUGAGGAAAAGGUCCGUCCCUGCAUCGACCUCAUUGAUAAACUCCGCUCUCUUGGUGUAGAGAAGGACCUGGCGCUGCCUGCUAUCGCCGUGAUAGGGGACCAAAGCUCGGGGAAGAGCUCUGUGUUGGAGGCGCUGUCCGGGGUGGCACUGCCGAGAGGAGUUGGUAUUGUGACAAGAUGUCCACUAGAACUGAAGAUGACAAGAAAGAAGAAAGGAGAGGCGUGGUAUGGAAACAUAAGCUACCGUGACUAUAAAGAAGAGCUAAAAAAGCCUUCACUUGUGGAGAAAAAGAUUCGAGAAGCACAAGAUAAACUGGUGGGAAAUGGGACUGGGAUCAGCAGUGACCUCAUCAGUCUGGAAAUUGCUUCCCCUGAUGUCCCAGAUCUGACACUCAUCGACCUGCCUGGCAUCACCAGGGUGGCUGUCAGUGGACAAUCAGAGGACAUUGGUGAACAGAUAAAACGACUGAUCCAGAAUAACAUCAGAAAACAAGAAACCAUCAGCUUGGUGGUUGUUCCGUGCAACGUGGACAUUGCAACCACAGAGGCUUUGAGGAUGGCACAGCAGGUGGAUCCUGAAGGAGAGAGGACUUUGGGUAUCUUGACUAAACCUGACCUGGUGGACAAAGGCACAGAAGAGAACGUGGUUAAAAUUGUCCAUAAUGAAGUUAUCCCCUUGAAGAAGGGCUACAUGGUGGUCAAAUGCAGGGGUCAGAAGGAGAUCACAGAGAAGGUGUCACUUUCUGAAGCCCUAAAAAAUGAGGAAGCCUUCUUCAAAGAGCAUGCCCAUUUCCAGACUCUCUUUGAUGAGGGUCAGGCCACUGUUCCUAAACUGGCAGAAAAACUCACUCUUGAACUGGUGCAUCAUAUUCAGAAAUCUCUGCCACGGCUCGAUGACCAGAUACAAAAGAAACUUAAACAAACUCGGGCAAACCUGGACAAAUUAAGCAAUGGACCCCCAUCUGAUGCAAUUGAGAGACUUGGUUUCCUCAUUGAUAGAGUGUCAGCAUUCACACAGGAUGCUAUCAGUCUCACCAAAGGUGAAGAAUUAAAAUGUGGAUACAAGUCCAGCAUCUUUUCCAUACUGAGAGCUCAGUUUGCAAUAUGGAGGGAAGCCAUAGAGACCUCUGGAACAAAUUUCAACUGGAAUAUUCAGAGAGAGGUUUCUCAAUAUGAACGAAAGUACCGUGGAAGAGAGCUCCCAGGGUUUAUCAACUACAAAACGUUUGAGGCCAUGAUCCAGGAGCAGAUCAAACAGCUGGAGGAGCCUGCUGUCCAGAAACUCAAAGAUGUGUCAGAGCUUGUGAAGAAGGAGCUCUUUGAGUUGGCACAGGGCAGCCUGGUUGGCUUUCCUAACCUCAUCAGAACAGCAAUGCUGAAGAUUGAAGACAUCAGAACUAAACGGGAAGCUGAAGCAGAGGCCAUACUGAGGAUGCAGUUUCAGAUGGAGCUGAUCGUUUACACUCAGGACACAACAUACAGCAAGAUGUUAGCAAAGAGGAAGAGGGAAGACGAAGAGGAGGCUGUAAAUUCCUUUGGCUCAUUGGCAAAAAGCCAAAGCAAAACUGUGAACAAUAAUAGCAGUGGGGCCACCCUGAAAGAGAUGCUGAAACACCUUAAAUCCUAUUACCAAAUUGCUGGUCAGCGUCUUGCUGACCAGAUCCCCCUGGUGAUCCGCUAUCAGAUGCUGCAGCAGUUUGCCAACCAGCUGCAGAGGGAGAUGCUGCAGAUGCUUCAGGAUAAGGAGAGAAAAGAGUCCCUGCUUCAAGAGGACAUUGGCACAAAAACUCAAAGGGAACAACUUCAGAAGGGCCUUAAACGCCUCUCAAACGGCCACCUUUUGUUGACUGAGUUUAGUAUGAACACGUUCAACUUCAGCUCAGCACAAGGGCAAAGCUUAGAACCAGAUUUCUAACCUGACAAACAAAAUGAUGGACGUCACUUCAUAGAAUCAUAGAAAUA